GGGUCCCGUGUCAGGCGGCGGCUGUCGGGGCUCUGCCCUGCUUCGGGGGCAGGGCGCUGCGGGGGCGCACGGCGGGGCAGGGGGCGAGAGGACGAUGGCUCCCUUGCAGUAAAGACCGCGCCGGCAACGGGGGACGGGGUGGGUCGUGUCAACCUUCCCAAAUGGUCUCUGCCGCUAAUGCCGAUUCUCUGCUGCGCAGGAGUCCCUGCGAAUAUAAUUCACCUACCACUGUCUUCAGCAGGAAAGAGGCUAAUCCCAUUUCGCGAUUUACCGGGCCCGCCGCGAGCAGGUGAGGCGGCGGCAGAGGUGGGCGCCGUGGGACUGGGCCGUGCCCCCCCCCGCCUGCCGCAGGAUGUCCGGUCUGUCCUCCGCAGUGUGUUUGACGAAGUCAUAGAGGUGCGUGCGCUUGACAGUGCUGACUCAGUCCGUUUGGCUCUGAUGCAGAGGCCAGAACUAGGUGUAACCUUCACUAAACUUCACUGUUGGACACUUACUCAUUAUAGCAAAUGUGUCUUCAUGGAUGCAGACACUUUGGUGCUUUGCAAUGUCGAUGAAUUGUUUGAUCGAGAAGAGUUUUCAGCAGCUCCUGAUUCUGGCUGGCCUGACUGCUUUAAUAGUGGUGUAUUUGUGUUCCGACCUUCUUUGAAAACUUACAACCUACUGCUCCGGUUCGCUGCUGAACAUGGCAGCUUUGAUGGGGGUGAUCAAGGCUUGUUGAAUAGCUUCUUCAGCAACUGGGCAACAGCAGAUAUUGGCAAACACUUACCUUUCCUCUAUAACUUAAGCAGCAGUGCUGUAUACACCUAUGUUCCUGCUUUCAAUCAUUUUGGUAGAGAUGCCAAAGUUGUUCACUUCUUGGGAGCAACAAAGCCCUGGAACUACAAAUAUAACCUUCAAACAAAGAGAGUUAUGCAGGAUGGCACCACCUCUGGAUCUUUUCAUCAGCUAUCAUUUCUUGCCCUCUGGUGGAAUAUAUACAGUGCCAGUAUAUUGCCUUUGUUAGAAAAACUUCAAAAGAUGGAAGAAUCGGAAUCUGAGGAAUGCAAGCAUACUUUCAAUGGAGUUGAAAUUACACUGAAAAAGGUCAGUCCUUCUGUGGCCAAUUCGCUGCAAAUGCCUGUGCUUCCAGAGCAGACAUAUGAAAUAUAUCCCACAGCAUGUUCACCUGAGGAACUCACUUUCAAAGCUCAACCUGUAUGUGAAGUUGAACAAAGCGGUUCUAACGUCCAUCUCUCUGAGCCUGACAGACCUUCAGAGCAACUUGUAUUUCAUCCUGCCUUUCAGGAAACCUCAGAACUGAACGAGGUCGCACAUUCUGUUUCAGAGCUGUCUAUUCACUUCAAACCAGAAGAACCAAGUCCGGAAGAUGAACGGAGAAAAUGGGAGGAAGGACGCAUGGACUAUAUGGGGAAAGAUGCUUUUGAACAUAUCAAAAAGAAAUUGGAUGCAUUUUUACAUUAAGAUGGAGUGUACUGUAAUGGCCAUCAUGAUCCAUGUUUCUUCUAUAAAUGCAGUCCUUGAAUACUUGGCUAUCUUCAUAGUUUAUUUGACACCAAAGUAAAAGAGGUAGAUAUGGAUCCUCAUAUAUUUUGGGGGAAGAUUAACAGAUACAGGCUCUUGUUUUUUAACUGUUAAGUGUGCCUCAUCUUUAUUCUGUGUGUCUCAUCUUCAUUGUUCUCCCAUUGUGCCUUCUGAAUGGUACUCUCUGAGUCUGAACUCUCAUAUUUAUCACUCUUCCCUGCUCCUCCCCAUAGCAUUCUGCAGAAAUAGUUGUGAGUGUAAAACAUGUUGGAAGUUGAGAUUAUUUCACAAAUUGAGAUUAUUUCAAAAGUACUUUUACCUUUUAGAAGAUGCUAUAAAACUAUUUAAAUGAAACCCUUGUUCUUGAAACCAAGUUAACACUUGCAAGGGCAACCAUGGUGUAGACUUCAAUAUGAGUAAAAAGUGAGGAGAUGAAAUCCUGGCCUCAAAGGAGUCUGCAACAAACUUUUUCACUUAAGUAUACUUAGGAUUAAAGGAAAUUCAGACUUUGUCUGAUAUCACUAGUGGAUGUUCUCCCUAUUUAUAGGAAGCUGCUCAGCUUCAUCACCAGCGUGAUGAAGAGUGGUGUAAAACUUAAGACAGACUGAUAACGUAUGUUAACCUUUUAUAUUGUUGCAAUAGGAUAUUGUUGCUUUUUUAAAAAAUAUUGUUAAAUUUACUUGCAUAUUCAGAGUUGCAUAGUCAGAGGAAGAAAUGCUGACACUAUGGCGUAAACCUUCUGGUGCUUUAUAUCAAUUUGUUUACAGCAUUCAAACUGCAGUUGACAAAGGCGUUCUUCUCCUUUAGCAUGGUGGCCCCAUACUGCAGGCAGUUUGAGUGCAACUGAAAACACAGUUGGCACUUGUUUUAGUAAACAGGCCCUUUGAAGAUCUUUUAAACAAUAGCUGUGUGUGGGAACUAAUAAAUCUGCGAGUGUAGUUCCAGAAAAUUUUACUUAUGAGACUCCAUUAUAUUAAGGAUACUUACGGGGGAUUGCUUUGUGAAUUUGGGUAUUUAAAUUUGUCUUAACAUACAAGGAAGAAUAAAUACUUUGAAAGAAAGAAGCUGGACAGGUGUGCUAAUAUGAUAAGAGAUUCGACACAGUUAUUCAUAACGCCAGUCAAUAUUAGAAUAAGAAUUCUGCAGUGUUGAUGCAGGACUUGAAACACAUUUCAGUCCACCAAUGUCACCAAUUUUAGUACAGAUAUACCUAAUAAAAUAACUUGGGAAUUCUGUUUAAAAAGCAAUGAUGUAACACUAUGCAUCAGAGGGAUUCCCAUAGAUGCUAGUGGAGAAAAAGGCAGGGUAGGAGGGAAGGAAUUUUUGUUUCUUUUUCCCCCAUCAAAAAGGAUGGGGGUGGGUGGGGAAUAACUUGCACAAAUUAGGAAAGGAACGAAAGAGUCAAAAGGUCCCUUAAAGGAAGAAGAAUUAUCUUUGAGUGUUUUAGAAUUACUUUCUAAUAUUCACAAUAGUGGAUUUGCUUCUACUUUUGUGGGGUAUUUCUAAUUUUAUCUAGUUCUUUAUUUCUCAUUUGUUCUAAGCACUCUUAAAGUGGGAAUCUCUUUGGUGGGUCUGCUGAAUUCAAGCUUCUAGUUCAAAUUAGAUGUUUAGCGUCUCUGAAGUCAAAGAGAGAAAUGUCCAGAAGAUGAUUUUUCUCAAUUUCUCCAUUGAUCAUAAAAGAAUGCUCAAUAACCUGCCUCUCCUGGGUGGGUAACCUUCGCAUGUUAACGCAGAUGGGUGCGUUCUGCCUCUUGCCGCACGUGGCCCAGUGCAGCACUAGGCGGAGAUUGCAACAGCUGCAGUGUACUCUUAGCACGUGGCAUUUGAUCUGCUGAUUAUCCCUCUUCCUUAGUGAACUUGUGCACUUCUGAGAAAGUUACUCUGUUUUAUAAGCAUUAUUGCUAAUAUAAUUAAAACAGUUUUUGAAGACUAUAUAAAACUGUAGUCAACAAUGUGAACUCAUGCUUCAUGCAGCUGUACUUUUUACAGUAACUACUAGAUCUUACUGGGCACAUGAACUAGAUUAUGGGAGGAAAAUUAUGUGAAAUCAGUAACUGAAAGGUUUUCAAAUAGGCAUAUGAAUGUAGUAAAUGGAAUGUAGUCGUGGAAUACAUCUGGAAGUGCUAAUAUGUAAAAUGGUACUGUGUGUGAAUUAUACAAUGUUUUGCAAAGAAAUGUAGUACAUUAAUAUCAUGGAAAUAAAAUAGAAAUGGAAAGGACGUGUGAAGUCAUGUGCUUAUCAGAUAUUGCAGAGUUACAGGUUGUUUAUGUUGUGCCAGGCAGUAUUAUUUGUGACUGACUAGUUACUUUAAUAUGUUUUUUAAUUUUAUUAAAUUACAUUUGAGACAUUAGCACUACCUGCUGCGCAGAAUUAAAAGGUGUGAGUUAUAAUUAUUUCUACAGGCAUACAUAAUUAUAAGCUUUAGGAUCUCUUGAAUUAGCACAACAGUAGUUGGUUUAUUGUAUUUCAUGGAAAAGUACAGCUGUGGUUAAAAACCCUGCCCGAGUUUUUGUGUACUGUCUUCACACAAAAAAUGUCGAUGUAGUUACAAGUAAUGUAGUGUCGUAGUGGAUUCUAGCACAGUACUGUUGUCAUCUUAGUGUGGGAAGGGAGAAUCUUGUGAGUGAAUCCAGAAUUUUUGAGUGCUGCACUUUGGGCAGCGUUCUUUGCUCUUACAGACAUCACUCUGAAAUCUUGGGGCGACAAGCAGGUCUGGGGGUGUUGUGGGCAGCGUGUUGCCAUGAACCACAGGGCUGAGGUUUGCCAAGUCAAAAUGUGACUUGGAAAAAAGCAAGCUUUGCCUAGAACUUCUUCUAUGUUAGAGCGUGGUAUGGCCCCAGGUAUUUUUAGGGUAAAGAAAGUUAAGAAAUGUAGGCUUUUUGGCAGCACCUAAACAAGAUGUAUUUUCACUUUGGGAAUUUGGAAGGCACUAUAGAAUAAUAACCUCAAUGAAAUGUAAAGGGAAAAAAAAAAAGGCAUGGUAAAAUGAGAACCACUGAAGAUCUUUUACCAGCUGGUCUGUGCGUGCGUGUGUGACUGAGAGUUUUGUCAGUAUUGUUUAAACCCUAGUGACCUGAGAAGCAGCUGUAAGGAUUUUGAAAGGCCAGACUCUGACCUAUUGCUGUGUGGCAGGCUCUCUAUUAAAAGAGGACAGCUUGUUUUUAAACCAAAACAUGCUGAUUCUUCUUCUGUCAUGUGCUUAGUUAUUCACAGCUAGACUUAGAGGGUAAUUUUAUUUGCCAUACAACAAUUUUAUUGGGUGUUCUUCAUGUGUAAACAGGAGAUAGUGUGGGU